UUGGCAUACGUGCCAGUGGAUCGGUCCUAAUCUUCUUCUCAGAAAGAUUUUCCUGCGACCGGCCGGCCGCGUUGGUAUCGUCCCCUCUUGGACGCCGGAAUCUUCUCACUUAUUCCUCGGCGGCGAUCGCGCCUCCCCCCCUCUCGCGUUCUUGUUCGAUUAGUCUUUCUUCAGGGAAAGUAAAGGUUCUGUUUAUUGGACCCUUUACGUUCUAUAGCCUGAUGUCAAUGGACUGCGACGGUUCCUUUGAAUGCACUCCAGAACUGGAGGAUUUUCUAUACGAGAGGCUGCUGGACCAGAGCCAGCCCAUUGCGGAACGUUUCAGAGCUCUCUUCUCCCUCCGUAAUCUGAAAGGUGAUCGUCCUAGGGAAGCCCUCGUAAGUGCUACAAGGGAUCCUUCAAAUUUGCUAGCACAUGAGGCAGCAUUUGCUCUUGGUCAAAUGCAGGACACUGAAGCCAUUCCUGCAUUAGAAGAAGUUCUCAAAGAUCUCUCAUUACAUCCAAUUGUUCGCCACGAGGCCGCUGAAGCUCUUGGAGCAAUUGGUUCAGAGGAAGUUGUUACCCUGUUGAAAGACACUUUAAUAGAAGAUCCUAUACUUGAGGUGCAAGAAACAUGUGAAUUAGCUCUUAGAAGAAUCAUGGAACAGAAAAACAUUGAUAGUGGUGAUGUAACAACCUCUAAAGUCUCACCAUUCCAUACUGUAGAUCCUGCCAUGCCUGCUUCCCUUGACUGUUCAGUUGAUCAACUAAGGGAAGUUAUCCUCAAUGAAGAAGAGGGAAUUUAUGAGAGGUAUGCUGCUUUAUUUGCACUACGGAACCAAGGCGAUGAUGCUGCUGUAAGAGUCAUCAUUGAAUCCUUAAGUGCUAGAAGCGCUCUGCUACGACAUGAGGUUGCAUAUGUAUUGGGCCAACUGCAACAUAAGAUGGCUGCUUCAGCAUUAGCUGAUAUAAUUAAAAAUGUCGAUGAGCAUCCAAUGGUUAGACAUGAAGCUGCUGAAGCCCUUGGCUCAAUCGCAGAUAGUGAAAGUAUUCAACUCCUCCAAGAAUUCACGAAUGAUCCUGAACCUAUUGUAUCUCAGAGUUGUGAAGUGGCUCUGAGCAUGCUUGAGUUCGAAAGAGCUGGGAAGUCUUUUGAGUUUUUCUUCAUGGAGCCACCUGAAGUCCAAUAGUUCCUCAAAUGUAUCUCUUUAUGCGAUGAUAAAUGGUAAAAAGAUGCCUUAUUGUCUAACAAAUAACUUGUUUCUUAUGUCAAGAAUAUAUGACCAUAGAUUGCUAGAAUUUUGAUAGCCAUUACAAGCACCAUGACCGUUAGAAUGGACAUGAUUACUGCUACUCUUAUACUAGUGAACUCACUAACAUGUAUUUUUUACCUUUUUUGUGCUGAUUUAUGUUAACUGUAUAGAUAGAAAGUUUUAUGUA